CCUAGUGACGUUGCGUUGCGUAGUGGUUCCUCGGUAAAUAAACCCGAAGUUCACAGCGAUCAGCUGAUUCGAGCUGUUAGCGGAGGGACUCGAACGAGCAGUGGGCAGGCUUCCCUCCGGUAGCCGCAAUCCUCAAUUUGGCUUUAAUAUCUACGAAGUGGUUAGUAUGCUUGCGGCCUGUGUAGAAGCUGGAGUUGUGGCCGGGUACAGGAAGAGCUGCAGUGUAUGAUCCCUGAGUCACUACCGGCAGCCGGCUCCCGUAGUAAACAAUAGGUGGCUGCGGUAUCUUCCUAUAGGGCCUUGCCUUUGGUCUCCUAGUCCUGCUCACAAGCCUCUUAUUUCGAUCCGUCCUUCUCUCCAGGUUCAGCUCAGUAGUCAGUGGGGGAGUCACUAGUAUUUUUCAUUUGCUACUAGCUCCUGCCGCUGAGCCAAACACUGCCAAUGACAAGGCUUCGAAGCUGUUAUGGUGUUGUGUGUGGUUAAGGUCACUGGAUUUCUAUGUAUAAUAAGGUCCUGAGUAGGGCCUGUCAGCAUUCCAUAUUUUAUCUAUUUGAAGAUUAUCUAUAAAAGUCUCUAUUCAGAGAGAUCACACAAUAGCAGAAAUCGUCUUGGAUCAGCCUCUGCAAUAGAUAUACGUGUUGGUUACAUCGUUUACAGGAAAAUCCUCAGCAGAUCCUGUCUUAUGGAACCCAAUCAUUUCCAUAUACUUUCUUGGUGUUUUUUCAUCUACGCAGAUCUUUUCUGAUUGAAAAUAUCAUCUGCAGUGUCCCCUUCUUAAGCCACCACAUCUUUGGACAUUGUCCCUUUCAGGUCUUUACUUCUUAAAAGUAUAUUUAUUUAGUCUGUAUAUGUACAGCAAGAGCUCACUAUUCACGCCACCCUUGGAUUUUGGCAUAGCAUUAGAUAUCAGAAUUUUGUCCCUCUUCUUUCUUUUGAUCUCCUGUCUAUUGGUACAGCAAACGAGCUCCACUCCAGUGUCUUCCGGAAAAGUCUUGUCUUUCAAUAUUUACAUUACUGCCUUUAUUUAGAUCAACAAAUAACCAUUCUGAAAUAGAGCCCACUAGGUUACAGGAAGAAAACAAUUUGUCAGUGACAUAGACUGACAGAUCAUUUGGCUGCUGUUGCCUAUAUCUGUGUGUCAAGCAUUGAUUUAAGUUGUACUACUUUUUGUGAAAAAUACAAAUUCUUCACUUUACAUGAUCCAUACUUUUUUUUUUUAUAUAUAUAUAUAUAAAAACACAUUUUCCCACCCAUGAGGUUUCCAUUUGUCUUUCCUACCCAAGUUCUUCCAAAUGUGUUAAUUAAGCAAAUGUGCUAAUAAGCACACUUUUAGAAGAGCAUCUUAGUUUAAUUGUUGUUUCUCAUGAAGCACUGAAUAACCUUCAGUACGCAUCAGGAUUCGGAGAGGAGAUAUAUACAUCUCAGGAAGCAAGCAUUCAGUAAACUACUUGUGUAUUUGUAAGUCUUUCUUUGGAGACUUUUAUGUUUGCAUUUUUGUGUUUUUCUUAAUAUUUUAAUCAUGAUGGACUUAUCUGUAGUAUUUUAUUCUGUAUGAAAUAUUUAUUUUUCUACUGAUUUCAAGAAAUGUGCAAGUUGGAAUAGCCAAAUUCAAAUGAUAGAUGCUUCUCUCUACAACCAUUAUACGCCUAUUUUGUGCGCUCAGUUUUGGGAACUGUGAGUAAUGAAUAGUCUGCAUAAAGCUGGCCUUUUUGCACAAUGCUGUAUUUCUAUUUUCUAUAAUCAGUUUAUCAAGAUUUUAAUUACAGCACAGUUUCAAAGUCUUUAGUUGGCUCACUGCCUCUAUUAGUGAUCAAAAAGUGACUUUGCUUCUACUGUAAGGAAAAUGAGUACACAGGGGCCAACCACCGACAAGUGUCUGAUCACUGCACUGAUGUGCCAGGAGAAUUUUGCGUGUGCUGGCAAUGCUGAGGCUGUGUUUGAGUGUGAUGAGUGUAAUACUCUGCAGUGCCAGCAGUGUGAGGGAGAACUGCACAAACAAGAAAGACUUCAGAACCAUGAGAGGACCAGGAUUCCUCCUGGAUUUGUCCCUUAUUGUUCCAGUUGCAAAGGAGGAAAUACAAGCUCCAUGGUGAACAGCACUACGGGCUCCCGGCAGCGGGCAGUUGUUAGAUGUCUUAGCUGUAAGGUUGACCUCUGUGCUGAUUGCCAGAAACGUACCCACUCAGGGGGAAACAAAAGAAAACAUCAGUUUACAGCAUACCCAAUCUUAAAGGGUCCUGAACCACAACAUGGCCCAGAAAUGGAUAAGGAAUCCUUAAGAAAGAAGAUGACUGAGAAAGUCGUCAGUUUCCUUCUAGUUGAUGAGACUGAACAAAUUCAGGUAAAGGAUGAAGAGGAAUUUUUGGAGAAGUUGCACUGUAAGCCAGAUGACUUGUUGAAGGUCAUUUCAAUAUUUGGCAACACGGGAGAUGGCAAAUCUCACACUUUGAAUCACACCUUCUUUUACGGAAGGGAAGUAUUUAAGACUUCUCCUGCCCAGGAAUCCUGCACAAUUGGUGUAUGGGCAGCACUGGACCCAGUCCAUAAAGUGGUUGUAAUCGACACAGAAGGUUUGCUUGGUGCCACAGUUAAUCUUAGUCAGAGGACACGUUUGUUGCUCAAAGUUUUGGCCAUCUCGGAUAUAGUUAUCUACAGAACUCAUGCAGAUCGAUUGCACAAUGAUCUCUUCAAGUUCCUUGGUGAUGCCUCUGAAGCUUACCUGAAAUACUUUACUAAGGAACUGAAAGCCACCACUGCAAGGUGUGGGUUAGAUGUUCCACUAUCAACAUUGGGUCCUGGGGUCAUCAUCUUCCAUGAGACUGUCCACACCAAGCUGUUGGGAUCAGAAAAGACCACUGAAAUACCUGAGAAGGUGAUCCAGGACCGUUUCCGCAGGUUGGGAAGAUUUCCUGAAGCAUUCAGCUCUAUCCAGUACAAAGGCACUCGAACCUACAACCCACCAACGGAUUUCUCAGGAUUGCGCCAUGUCAUUGAACAACAGCUGGAGAACAAUACUACCCGCUCCCCUCGUCAUCCAGGUGUCAUCUAUAAAGCUCUGAAGGCCCUGAGUGACCGCUUUAGUGGUGAGAUCCCCGAUGACCAGAUGACGCACAGCUGUUUUUUUCCAGAUGAAUACUUUACCUGCUCUUCUAUGUGCCUCAGCUGUGGAGCAGGUUGUAAAAACAGCAUGAAUCACUUGAAGGAAGGACUUCGCCAUGAUACCCCGAGCCGGUGCCGGUACUCGCACCAGUAUGACAACAGAGUGUAUACUUGCAAGGCUUGCUAUGAAAGUGGGAAGGAGGUGAAUGUGGUACCCAAAACAUCUGCUUCCACAGACUCUCCCUGGAUGGGCCUUGCUAAGUAUGCCUGGUCUGGAUACGUGAUUGAGUGCCCUUCUUGUGGCGUGAUCUAUCGCAGCCGUCAGUACUGGUUUGGGAACCAAGAUCCAGUGGACACUGUUGUGCGUACAGAGAUACAACACGUCUGGCCUGGAGCAGAUGGAUUCCUAAAGGACAACAACAAUGCAGCUCAGCGUCUCCUGGAUGGAAUGAACUUCAUGGCACAGUCUGUUUCUGAGCUGGGUAUUGGACCUACCAAAGCAGUGACAUCCUGGCUGACUGAUCAGAUUGCCCCAGCCUACUGGAAGCCAAAUUCACAAAUACUGGAAUGUACCAAGUGCAAGAGUUCCUUUAAAGAAAAUGACACUAAGCACCACUGUCGGGCCUGUGGGGAGGGCUUCUGUGACAGUUGCUCUUCCAAGAGCCGUCCAGUGCCUGAGCGAGGUUGGGGACUCUCACCAGUACGUGUCUGUGACAGCUGCUAUGAUCAGAGAGGAACUCCAGUGGCUGUAGCAGUGCAGGCUGCAGAAGAUGAUGAAGGUGGCACACUGAUUGCAAGGAAGGUUGGAGAGGCUGUACAAAACACCUUGGGAGCUGUGGUCAAAACCAUUGACUUCCCUCUAGGUUUGGUGAAAGAUGCUGCAAGGCCUACUUACUGGAUCCCAGACCAUGAAAUAAAACACUGCUACAGCUGCAGGAAGGAAUUCAGCUCCAAGCUCUCUAAACACCACUGCCGGGCAUGUGGCCAGGGAUUCUGUGAUGAGUGUUCAAAUGAGAGGCGGCCAGUACCCUCUCGGGGCUGGGACCAUCCUGUCCGUGUCUGCAUAAACUGCAAUAAAAAACCUGGUGACCUUUAACUUUUUGUUUCCACUCCAGUCCUUCAAAGUUCAGUACGUUCUCAGGGUUAGAAACAAGUGGAACCUCCUUAAUCCUUAGGCUUUGUUUGCCUAUGCAUGUUCUGACCUUUUGACUGUGGCCUGAAUCAUAAUUGUCCCUCAGUCAUGUAUAAAUUACACAAAAUGAAAACUUCAGUAAGAGAAGGCAAGCUUUUUGCACCUUUUCAUAUUGUAAUAAAAUGACCCAAUGAAAUCUCUGUGGGAUCAAGAUCAGAUGAUUUUAUAGGCACCUUGCUGGUCAGAGAUGGUAGGAAGGAAUCAUUUCUGGGACAAUGAAACCUCUGAUACAAUUUAUCAUUUAAAAAACCAACCUCUGCCACUAACAGUAUAUGCACUUUAAUUCACACCUGCAUGCCAGGGCUUAGAAUAAGUUCUUUUUUUUUUUUUAUGUUCUGUACAUUGAUGUUAUCAAAUAUGGAUAUCUUACAUGGGGCAUUUUCCUUUUGACCAAACUAUAGAAAUGCAUGUGUUACUUAAAGGACACUAUAGAUAUAUCUAUAAAAUAUAUAAUGUAAUCUUAGUAAAGAACACACUAUAAGGCCAUAUGGCUGUCCAGUACUUUAUUCUUCAAUCAUAAAAUCUAUUUCAGGCUGAAAUGCACUCAACAGGCGCAUAAUUUAGCCAUUUUCAGGGCUAAUCUCUGCUCCGCUAUUCUCAGUGUAGCUGCACUCGGGCUGAAAUUGUGUCACUAUAAGAUAUGGAAAUCUUUACACAAGACAUCUUCCUUUUUAGUAAACUAUAGAUAUGCAUCUGUUAUAUAAAAUAUAUACUGUAAUUAACAGACACGUUUUUCAGGCCAAUCUCUGCUCUAAGCUUCACUCAGACUGUGCCUGUCAGUGCAGCUAAACUCAGAAGCGUAUAGGAGCAGAUUUGCUUCUCUACACAGGACUACAAAAUUCAGGUGCGGAGAAGGGAUUCAUAGGGUUCACUUGCCCCUAGGGGCAAAGACAGCAAAAGCAUGUAUUUUCAGACUGAUUUCUGCUCAUCUACGCUCGAUGUAGCUGCACACAGGCCAAUGUUGUGCCUGCCAGUGCAGCUAAACCUGGAAGUGUAAAGGACCUGGAUCCACUUGGCUAGAAAACACAGACUGGGAGAUGCAGGUCAUGCACUUCAUGUGCCCUUUCUAUAAGGCAUAGAAACUCCAACUUCAGCUCUCGGAUGCACCACCAGCAGGUGCCAAAGUAGAUUCACAUCCAGAUAGAUAAAAGAAGUUUAUGAAAAAUAUGUUGCCUUUAUUAACUUGCUCACUAACUGGGUUGAGACUUGAAAGCCAUUUAUCCAACUGAAAAAGGACCUCUGACCUCAAAACAUUUUAGUGUUCAAGUUAAAGGAGAAUGAAAACCUCUUAUAGCACCUUGGUUUACAGCAAAGGCCUGGCACCUCCCAUGCUCCCUAACCCCUCCCCCCCCCCCCCACUGAAGGGAUGGUUGGCUGGCAUCUCUCGUUAUUUUACUUCCUUUCUCUGGCAGAAAACAUGCACCGUUAAAGCCAGAACCAGACUGGCUUUAACUGCAGAUCCUCCUGGUUUGAUCGCCACAGACCAGGAAGUCAAGCGGUCAGAAGAAAGUUCACCUUUGUCAUUGGUUCACAGUAAAUAAACAAGUCCAUUGGGUCACCAAAGUGCUGGGCCAAAUUAAAAUAAUCUGAUUGUUUGGCUCCCAGGCCAAUGGUUAAACCAUAAUGUGGGCUAGGGUGAGCCAUCAGGACAGGGUCACAUCAACAUCCCUUGAACAUGGUCCUAGUAUAAUAUAGUUAGAGAUCAGAAUAAAUCACUAAAGUGGGACAGAACCCUCGACAAUUGGAUCCAUAAAUCUGUACUAUUUCAAAUCUUGUGAAAAAAGAAAAAAUGUAUUGGAUAAUAGUCUCACGAUAACCAUAGCUAAUGUUGGUAACAAAAUAAUGUAUAGUAGCAUCUGUGAUCCUAUUAAACUGAUGAAGCUACAAUGUAACGUACCACUUGAAAUAAAGUCAAUAUAUUGAAUUAUAAUAGUAUAACUUUAAUUAAAACCGAACAUUCCUUGUACAGCUCUUGUAAUAAAUGUUCUUCCCCUUCCAUUUAAACAGGUAUUUUUUGUGUUGGGAAAUGUAAAUGAUGUUGGUUUACACUGUGCCAUUUUUAUAAUGAAACCAGUUUACGCA